AGGUAACGCAGUGGAGCGGCUGCCGCGCGCCGCCUCCCGCCCUCCGCCGCCUGGCGCUGGGGCCGCCGCCGCUUUACGUAAGGCGCAGGCCAGGGCCGCCCGGCGCUCGGCAGCCGCCUGCAGCCCUCGGAGCGCAAGGAGAGGCGCCCACCCGGUAGCCUUGGCAGGUACUGCCAGAGACUGACAUUGCUUCAAUGUGAAAUGAAAGUUGAAAAUCGCAUCUCCUUGUGUGUUGCUAUCAUGGUGUUGAUUCACUGGUCAUGCCUGAAGAGGGAAAUUGUGUUGUAGAGAGCUGACUGCUGCGCGGUCACUGCUUGUCCUCCAUGUCCAGCUCCUCUCCUUUCUGCUGGAGUGAAAUCCUCUCCGGAUACCAACAGAACGUCCACUGUAGAAAAUGCUUUGCAUUUUAAGGAUGUCAGCAACCUAAGUUCAUGCGCCCUGUCUGCACAGUUGUUGUGGAUGGUUUGCCAUCUGAGAGCACCUCAAGUUCUUAUCCAGGCCCUGUGUCUGUUUCUGACAUGUCGCUGCUUCAUGCAUUGGGCCCAGUGCAAACCUGGCUGGGACAAGAGCUGGAGAAAUGUGGCAUUGAUGCCAUGAUUUAUUCUAGGUAUAUCCUCAGUCUUCUGCUGCAUGACAGCUAUGACUACGACCUGCAGGAACAGGAGAAUGACAUCUUGGGCUGGGAGAAAGGAGCUUAUAAGAAAUGGGGAAGGAGUAAGAAGAAGUGUUCCGAUCUAACACUAGAGGAGAUGAAAAAGCAGGCUGCUGUCCAGUGUCUGCGCUCUGCUUCUGAUGAAAGCUCUGGGAUCGAGACUUUAGUAGAGGAGCUCUGCUGCAGACUGAAAGACCUACAGAGCGAGCAAGAAGAGAAGAUUCACAAAAAGUUAGAGGGUUCUCCUUCUCCAGAGGCAGAAUUGUCCCCUACAGCAAAGGAUCAAGUGGAAAUGUACUAUGAAGCAUUUCCACCACUUUCUGAGAAACCUGUUUGCCUGCAAGAGAUCAUGACCGUGUGGAACAAGUCCAAACCCUGUUCUUACUCUAGCUCCUCUUCAUCAUCCACAGCCCCACCAGCAAGCACAGAUACAUCUUCUCCAAAGGACUGCAAUAGUGAGAGUGAAGCCAUCAGAGAAAGAAGCAGUGCCGCCUCAAUCCCCAAGCAUGAGAAAGCCCAAAGCAGGAGCAGACACGAGGAGAACAAGUUGAGCAACAGCACCAUUGAAGAAAAGCCUGCCUUGUACAAAAAGCAGAUCCGACACAAACCUGAAGGGAAGAUUCGCCCUCGCUCAUGGUCAUCCGGCUCUAGUGAAGCAGGCUCAAGUUCAAGUGGUAAUCAGGGAGAAUUAAAAGCAUCCAUGAAGUAUGUUAAGGUCAGACACAAGGCACGAGAAAUUCGAAACAAAAAGGGGCGGAAUGGGCAAAGCAGGCAGUCCCUGAAGCAUUGUGGGAAGUCAGAGAGAGGAGUCCAUGCAGGCAGCGGAGGCAGCAGCAGCAGCAGCAGCAGCAGCAGCAGCAGCAAUGGGUCCAUCAGGCAGCUGUGCAAGCGGGGUAAAAGACCAGCAAAGGAGACAGGAAGGAGUGACUCUGGGAACACUGCAGUGAAAGACCUGUAUGUGGAGAGCAGAAACAACAAAGAGUACAAGGAAGAGCCACUGUGGUACACAGAGCCCAUUGCUGAGUAUUUUGUUCCUUUGAGUAGAAAAAGCAAACUAGAAACCACAUACCGAAACAGGGAAGAUACAAGUGCUCUGACAGCAGAGGCCGUGGAAGACUUGUCUGACUCUGUGCGUGGUCUGUGUAUCAACAACAGUAAUAUCCAUAGAACAUACCUCGCAGCAGGUACUUUCAUUGAUGGUCAUUUUGUAGAAAUGCCUGCAGUUAUAAACGAGGAUAUUGACCUCGCUGGGACCUCAUUAUGUUCUCUACCAGAGGACAAUAAAUAUCUGGAUGAUAUUCAUCUAUCAGAACUAACACACUUCUAUGAAGUGGAUAUUGAUCAAUCCAUGUUGGAUCCUGGUGCCUCAGAAACAAUGCAAGGAGAAAGUCGGAUUUUGAAUAUGAUUCGACAAAAAAGCAAGGAGAAUACAGAUUUUGAGGCAGAAUGUUGCAUAGUGUUAGAUGGUAUGGAGUUGCAAGGGGAACGUGCAAUAUGGACAGAUUCUACCAGCUCUGUGGGUGCUGAGGGCUUCUUCUUGCAAGACCUUGGCAAUCUGGCUCAGUUUUGGGAGUGUUGUUCAUCUAGUUCUGGUGAUGCUGAUGGAGAGAGUUUUGGAGGAGACUCUCCAGUUAGACUCUCUCCUAUCUUGGACAGCACGAUACUCAGUUCACACAUGCUUGCUGGCAAUCAAGAACCCUUUUCCAAUAUUAAUGAAGGAUCUGGUAUAAACUCUUGUUUUUCAGUAUUUGAAGUGCAAUGCAGUAAUUCUGUUUUACCGUUUUCUUUUGAAACCCUCAACUUGGGAAGUGAACAUACAGAUUCUAGUACUAAUAUGCUGGGGAAAACACAGUCUAGAUUGCUAAUAUGGACCAAAAAUAGUGCCUUUGAAGAAAAUGAACACUGUUCUAAUCUUUCAACAAGAACUUGUAGUCCGUGGUCCCAUUCAGAAGAAGCACGCUCGGACAACGAGACGCUAAACAUUCAGUUUGAAGAGUCAACACAGUUUACUGCGGACGAUAUUAAUUAUGUGGUUCCCAGAGUCUCGUCAGAUUUUGUAGAUGAAGAACUUCUAGAUUUUUUGCAGGAUGAAACUCGCCAGCAAAACAGUAGAACUUUAGGAGAAAUUCCUACAUUAGUUUUCAAAAAAAGAUCUAAGCUAGAAUCUGUAUGUGGUAUUCAGCUAGAACAAAAGGCAGAAAGCAAGAACUUUGAAACUACACAAGCAUGUAGUGAAAGCAGUCCACAUGGAGAUGGCUACAGCUCAGGGGUUAUUAAAGACAUUUGGACAAAGAUGGUAGAUAGGAGUUCUGUGGCUGCAGUAGAAACAGAGAGAACUGGGGAGGAGUUGUUUUCCACAGAUGUAAAUAACUACUGCUGCUGUUUGGACACUGAGGCUAAGAUGGAAGCCCUUCAAGAGCCUAGUAGGGCUGUGCAGAGAUCAGAGUAUCAUCUCUGGGAGGGACAAAAGGAGAACGUGGAGAAAAGAGCUUUUGUUUCUAGGGAGCUGUCCAAGGUAGAUGGUGGUGAUUAUACUACACCUUCUAAACCUUGGGAUGUGGCCCAAGAUAAAGAGAACACAUUCAUUCUUGGAGGAGUUUAUGGAGAGCUCAAAACAUUCAACAGUGAUGGGGAGUGGGCAGUUGUACCACCUGGUCACACAAAAGGGAGCUUGCUACAGUGUGCAGCCUCUGAUGUGGUGACGAUCGCUGGUACAGAUGUCUUUAUGACCCCUGGUAACAGCUUUGCUCCUGGUCACAGGCAGCUCUGGAAGCCCUUCGUGUCAUUUGAACAGAAUGACAUGCCGAAGAGCGGGGAAAAUGGAUUAAACAAGGGGUUUUCUUUUAUCUUCCAUGAAGACUUGCUAGGAGCCUGCAGUAACUUUCAAGUUGAAGAUCCUGGGCUUGAAUACUCAUUCUCUUCCUUUGACCUAAGCAACCCCUUCUCACAAGUUCUCCACGUAGAGUGCUCAUUUGAACCAGAAGGAAUUGCAUCUUUUAGCCCCAGUUUCAAGCCGAAAUCAAUCCUCUGCUCUGAUUCAGACAGUGAGGUUUUUCACCCCAGAAUAUGUGGUGUCGACAGGACACAGUACAGGGCUAUUCGAAUCUCUCCCCGGACUCACUUUCGCCCAAUUUCUGCAUCUGAGCUAUCCCCUGGAGGAGGAAGUGAGUCAGAAUUCGAAUCUGAAAAAGAUGAAGCAAAUAUUCCCAUUCCUUCUCAAGUUGAUGUAUUUGAAGACCCACAAGCAGAUCUCAAGCCUUUAGAAGAAGAUGCAGAGAAAGAAGGUCACUACUAUGGAAAGUUAGAGCUGGAGUCUGGGAAGUUCCUGCCCAGGUUAAAAAAAUCUGGAAUGGAGAAAAGUGCUCAGACAUCACUGGAUUCCCAGGAGGAGGCAGCUGGGAUUCUGCCAGUAGGAAAACAGAGUCAGUGUUUAGAAUGUAACUUUAAUGAAUCUCUGGAAAUAAAUUUAGAAAGCUCAGCAGCAAACUGUAAGAUAAUGACACAAUGUGAAGAGGAAAUGAAUGAUUUUUGCAGUUGCAAAGCAGGUUGUCAGUUCCCUGCUUGUGAAGAUAAUCCAGUUUCUUCAGGACAACUGGAAGAGUUUCCUGUACUGAACACUGAUGUGCAAGAAAUAACAAGAAAUCAAGAAAAGCAGAGCUGGUGGGAAAAAGCUUUGUACUCUCCCCUCUUCCCCACAACAGAGUGUGAAGAAUGUUAUACAAAUGCCAAGGGAGAGAAUGGUAUAGAAGAAUAUCCAGAUGCUAAAGAGACACCCAGUCGUGAAGAGCGUCUGUUAGAUUUUAAUAGGGUGUCUUCUGUUUAUGAAGCAAGAUGCACAGGAGAGAGAGGUUCUGAGACAAAACCAAAUGGCCUCCACAGGAAGCUGUGUUCCAGCACCAGCUCUGACACGGGCGACACGGGUGACACAGGCUCCGAAGCCGGCGGAGAGUGGGUGGGCCCCAGCCAAGAGGAGCUCUUCUCCCGAACACAUCUCUGACCCUGCAGAGUAGUACCAGUCACUGAAAAUGCUGUGAUGGGAAAUUGCCUUCUGUGAGGCCUGUUAGUCUAAAACAGCAACUUAGGUUUCUUCUUCAAUUAACUGAUCCACAUCAGUGAUUACCUUUCUCUUCUUGCUUAUUUUAGCGUUGAGGACGGCUGUCCUGUUGAAGAUUUGUUUCCAAGCUGUUAAGUUCUUGCUCUCUGAAGUAGACUAGACUGUGCUGUCCAUGAGGAAUGGGUGUGCAUGUGCUUGUCCUAGUGCGUCCCGCUUCUGCAUCGCAGCUGCAGGCCUCCCUCUGGCGGCUGUGUCGCCAUCACCUUGUCAGUACUGUGGCGACAGCCGCCACCGUCCAGAGACUCUAGGUCUGUUCUCUGAGCCAGGACAUCAGUCCUCCCCUGCAGUGGGUCAGGGCCUUGCUGAAGAAGGAGGGAAGCAUGGUGACUCAUCUGCAGGCUCACUCAGAAGAUCAUGGACGUUGCUGUAGGAACACAAGGGUGUGCUUUAGAGACUUACAGAAUACUGUGCUUUCUCUUAGGAUUCCCCUUAAGUACCAUGGAAGUUACUGUGGCUUGUGACCUUCUUGCUAGCUGAAGAAGCCAAGGAUUUGAGGCAUGGGGUAGUGGAUGGUGAGUUCUGCUGCUGCAGUGUGUCCAUAGCCAGCACAGUGGGGUUCUCUGAGCUGCCUCUCCAGUGCAUAGUUGAGGACCUUACUUGCAAAUUAUUAUCUGGUGACUACACUGAACUAAAGUCUCCAAGUGAACUUAAAAACAUUUGACAUGCAGUGAGGCUACCUCUUACCCCAAAGAAGUCUUUGGCUGCUACAGCUAGCUGCUCUUGUGGCUGUGAUGUAGUAUAGCUUGUAUCUCAUUUUGUGUUUGAGAGGAUGUUCUGGGCAAGUUCUGCUUGCGGUGGGCUGGGGUGGGUAGAGGAAUUUCCCACAUACCUGUGUGAUGGCUGUUCUGAUCAUUGCCUCAUGUGACUUGGUGAAGCAGGGAGGCAGCAGGCCUCACACAGCUGCAUCUAAGCGUGCUGAUCACCGUGGAUCUCUCUCACAGCACUGCCAAGGUGCUAGUAGGGCCAAUUGUGCAAAACCUAAACAUCCAAAACUUUUCUCUUUUAACCAACUUGUUUUUAAAACACCUUGUCUGUGACAUGAAUUCAGCAUGUCCAGAACAUCAGCAGUGGCUUAGAGGUCUGAAGUAGUUGAACUGGCCUCACCAGUAAGUGGGGUAGCACUGGACAUGCACGUGGCUUCUUAGCUGAGAGUGGAGCUGCCCCUCAGGCCUUGCUGGUAGUACUUGAGUUUGUUGCCUGUUUCUCAGGAACACAGGAAACACCAUGGAGACUGUGCAGGCACUGUAGUUCUGUGCGUCCUCAUUAGGGGAGCCUGGCUUGCUGGCUGGGGCAUCUUGCCACCUUAGGGUUUGUUUUCAUACAGCACAUCUUCUGACACUUUACAGUGGCUUGUGUGUGCGUGUGUGCAUGUGGAAGGUUUCAUGUUGCUCUUAUUUAUUUACAGGUAUCAGAUAAGUUUUAUGUAUUUUUUUUCUUCUGGAGCUUCCUAAAGUUUGAUUAACAUCUGCACUGAAAUAUAACCUAUCAUCAAAGGCAAAAAGGAUUGGAAGUUGUAAAUUCCUAAAAUCAAUGCCAUCACGAUUACCCUAGAAAUUGUUGCUAUGACCAAAUGGAUUUCAUACUCAGCCAUGAGCUUGGGUGACCUGGACAGCCAAUGUUCAUCAGGAAAAGGCUCCAGGUGCAAAGACACCUACCUCCUCAGCUGUGGGGAGAGGCCCCCCAAAGGGGAUAUGGUGGGUCAUCAAAGACGAAGGAAUAACUAGAGUCUGUAUUUGGUUUCUUUUUGUAGUUAAGUGGCUAAAGCUCAGAGGCUUUGGCACAGAAUUAAAGUGUGGUUUUAGUUUCGUGAAGGGAUGAUCACAAAAAAGCAUUAAAAAAAAGUUGGCAAACGCUGAAACGCACUGUGGUAUGAAGCGCGUUGCAUAUCCGUAGCACUGAAGUAUCAGCUCCAUUCCUGGGCUGAUUUUUUUUCCCCGUGGUUGUAUUGUUCUGAUUUCACGUACACCAGAGUAACUGAUUUUUUUUUGUUUUGUUUUGUUUUCUUGUGGAGUUAACACCAAAUAAAAAUUUCAAAAAUG